AUGCAGCAACCUCCGGCGUCCAAGACUCGUCUCGAUUUCUUGAACACGAAGCCGCCUCCGAAUUAUGUUGCGGGAUUGGGUCGUGGUGCUACCGGAUUCACUACCCGUUCUGAUAUUGGUCCGGCACGUCAAGGGCCUGACCUUCCAGAUCGUUCGGUGAUUGGGGUUGCUCCUCCCGGAGCACCUACUCCCGGCAGGGGACGGGGGAAGGGUGGGCCCGGCGAGGAAGAUGAGGAGGAGGAGAAUGAAGAGAAGGGCUACGAUGAGAACCAGAAGUUUGAUGAGUUUGAAGGGAAUGACGUGGGGCUUUUUGCGUCAGCUGAAUAUGACGAUGAGGACAAGGAGGCCGAUGCAAUCUGGGAGGCCAUCGAUCAGAGGAUGGAUUCUCGAAGGAAGGAUAGGAGAGAAGCUAGGUUAAAAGAAGAAAUUGAGAAGUACAGAGCUUCAAAUCCUAAGAUCACUGAGCAGUUCGCUGGUCUGAAGAGGAAAUUGCUUGAAGUGACUCCGGAAGAGUGGGAUAACAUACCGGACAUUGGGGAUUACUCUUUGAGGAAUAAGAAGAAGAAGUUUGAGAGUUUUGUGCCCGUUCCGGAUACCCUGCUGGAGAAGGCGAGGCAGGAGAAGGAGCAUGUCACCGCGUUGGAUCCCAAGAGUAGAGCUGUUGGUGGGACUGAGACUCCCUGGGCUCAGACUCCUGUUACGGAUUUGACUGCUGUUGGUGAAGGAAGAGGUACUGUUCUUUCUCUUAAAUUAGAUAGGCUUUCUGAUUCUGUAACUGGGCAGACCGUGGUGGAUCCUAAGGGAUAUUUGACUGAUUUGAAGAGCAUGAAGAUAACUAGUGAUGCUGAUGUAGCUGAUAUAAAGAAAGCUAGGCUUUUGCUUAGUUCGGUAACUCAUUCGAAUCCAAAGCAUCCACCUGGUUGGAUUGCAGCAGCUAGGUUAGAGGAGGUGGCUGGGAAGUUAGCAGUUGCCAGGCAACUUAUAAAGAGGGGUUGCGAAGAAUGUCCCAAUAGCGAAGAUAUUUGGGUGGAAGCAGUUAGACUGUUCCCUCCCAGUGAGGCUAAAGCCGUGAUUGCUAGGGGAGUCAAAUUGAACCCUAAUUCUGUGAAGUUGUGGAUGGAAGCUGCGAGGUUGGAGCAUGACAACAUUGACAAAAGUAGAGUGUUGAGGAAGGGUCUCGAGAAAAUUCCUGGUUCUGUUAGGCUGUGGAAGGCCGUCGUGGAGCUUGCUAAUCAAGAGGAUGCUAGGCUUUUGCUCCAGCGGGCUGUGGAGUGUUGUCCCUUGCAUGUGGAGUUGUGGCUCGCACUUGUGAGGCUGGAAAGUUAUGACAAUGCUAAGAAGGUUCUUAAUAGGGCAAGGGAGAAGCUUCCCAAGGAACCUGCCAUUUGGAUUACUGCAGCCAAGUUGGAGGAAUUUAAUGAGAAUAAUUCAAUGGUUGGUAAGAUUAUAGAAAGGGGUCUCCGAGCUUUACAGAGAGAAGGGGUGGAAAUCGACAGGGAAUUUUGGAUGAAAGAAGCUGAAGCUUCCGAACGUGCCGGUUCAGUUGUUACAUGCCAGGCUAUCAUUAGUAAUACUAUCGGAAUCGGGGUGGAGGAACAGGAUAGAAAGCGGACAUGGGUUGCUGAUGCCGAGGAGUGUAAAAAGAGAGGUUCGAUUGAGACAGCUAGGGCAAUUUAUGCUCAUGCCAUUUCAGUAUUUCUGACCAAGAAGAGUGUGUGGCUGAAAGCAGCACAGCUUGAGAAAAGUCACGGAACCAGGGAGUCUCUAGAUGCUCUUCUUCGCAAGGCUGUUAUGUAUAUACCGAAAGCUGAAGUUCUCUGGUUAAUGGGUGCAAAAGAAAAGUGGCUAGCUGGCGAUGUGCAAGCGGCCCGAUCCAUUCUUCAGGAGGCAUAUGCUGCAAUUCCCAACUCUGAGGAAAUAUGGCUCGCUGCUUUCAAGCUUGAGUUUGAGAAUCACGAGCCUGAGAGAGCAAGAUUACUUCUUGCCAAGGCUAGAGAACGUGGUGGUACAGAACGCGUGUGGAUGAAAUCUGCUAUUGUGGAGAGAGAGCUAGGAAACACUGCAGAGGAGAGAAGGUUACUUGAUGAAGGGCUCAAGCUUUUCCCUAAAUUCUUCAAACUCUGGUUGAUGUUAGGUCAGCUAGAGGAGCGACUUGGUAAUUUGAAGCAAGCAAAGAAAACAUAUGAUUCUGGUCUGAAACAAUGCCCCGAAUCUGUUCCUUUAUGGCUUUCCCUUGCUAACUUAGAGGAAAAGAUGGAUGAUGUUAGUAAAGCACGAGCCGUUCUUACAAUGGCUCGGAUCAAGAAUCCACAGAAUCCCCAACUGUGGCUUGCUGCAGUUUGGGCUGAGUCUCGGCAUGGCAACAAGAAAGAAGCUGAAAACUUAAUGGCAAAGGCGUUGCAAGAGUGUCCCACAAGUGGUAUUCUUUGGGCUACUGCAAUUGAGAUGGUUCCUCGACCUCAACGGAAGUCCCGAAGUUCAGAUGCAUACAAAAAAUGUGGUGGUCAAGAUCCUUAUGUCAAUGUAGCUGUAGCCAAACUCUUUUGGCAUGACAGGAAAGUCGAUAAGGCUCGAAAUUAUUUCAAUAGGGCAGUGACGCUUGCUCCUGAUAUUGGAGAUUUCUGGGCACUGUACUACAAAUUUGAAAUUCAGCAUGGUAAUGAAGAGACUCAGAAAGAUGUACUUAAGAGAUGCGUUGCUGCGGAACCAAAACAUGGUGAAGUAUGGCAAGCUAUAGCAAAGGCAGUGGAGAACUCUCACCAGACAACUGAAGCUAUAUUGAAGAAGGUGGUGGUGUCAAUAGGGAAGGAAGAAAGUUCAGCUGAGAAUAACAGACAUUAA